UUCCAAGCGGCGUUACUCCAGCGAUGGAAUCUCCCCCACUUCAUGUGUGCCUUCUGCCCUUUCUUCCAAACGGUCAGCGUAAACGUGUCGAUUUUCACCCUUACGGCCAUCGCAGUCGACCGCUAUAGGGCCAUUGUCCAUCCCCUCAGCGCCAGACCGUCGAAGUUUAGGAGUAAGGUGGUGAUCGCCUCCAUCUGGCUCUUCAGCACAACCCUGGCGAUCCCCAACGCCAUCGCCCUCAGGGUUAUAUACGUGGUGGACACAGUGACAGGCAAAUCUAAGCCUUAUUGCGCCCCGGUAAACAUCGACACGGUGGUGAUGUGGGCUUACUCGCACGUGAUGGUCGGUCUGCAGUUCUUCGUCCCCCUCGGCAUCAUCUCCUUCGCCUACAUCAGGAUGGGCUGGGAGCUGUGGGGAGCGCAGACCCCCGGAAACGCUGAGGAUGCCAGGGACGCCCACGUUCUGAAGAAUAAGAAGAGGGUGAUCAAGAUGCUGUUUAUGGUAGUGGCACUGUUUGCAUUCUGUUGGGCGCCGCUGCAGACAUAUCAUGUGCUUCAGGAGAUCUAUCCCGAUAUCAAUAAGUAUCGAUUCAUCAACAUCAUCUGGUUCUGCUGUCACUGGUUAGCGAUGAGUAACAGCUGUUGCAACCCGUUCAUCUACGCUAUAUAUAAUGAGAAAUUCAAACGUGAAUUCCGCCUCAAGUUCCGUUGGUUCUUCAAAGACGUUGGAACGACCGAGAUGAGCGACUUCGAAAGGUCGAGGUACCAGAUCUCUUUCAGGUGUUGGGUUCUGCAGCUGUACAGGAACAUGUUGGCGCAAAGGAACAGGAACCCAGCUGAUCGUCACGUAUCGUCUGAUCACCGCUUCUCCCGCACGGACGCCACCAUGCUCAACGGAUCCACAAGGUCCUCCGUCAGCAGGUCGACCCAGAGCACGAUGAUCCGCACCAGCUCAGCAUCUCACGGGCGAAGCAGCAACGGCAGCUCUCCAGGUGACAUCACAGGGCCCAACAUGGCUCAUCCAUACCAAGAGGUUCACGUCUGCGUCCCACUCAAGUCCCACUCGCAUCUGCACCCCGAGAUCUAUCGCUCCAAGAUGAGUGGGGAUACGAGGAUGUAAGAUAAGGGAGUGAGAGUGAAAGUGUAGGGUAGCCCUUGGUAGAAUAUUCAACUCAAGUCCUACUCGUAUCUGCACCCCGAGAUCUGCUGCCUCUGCAAGAGUGGGGAUACGAGUGUGUAAAUGAGUGCGGAGAGUAAGUGUGAGUGCGUAGAUCACCCUUGGUAAGAUGUCUACGUCUGAUUACCUCUCAAGUCCCACUCGCAUCUGCACUCACAUCCACCGCGCCAAGAUGAGUGGGGACAUGACGUAAGCGAAUGUGGAGAGGGAGAGGGAGAGUGUAGACCCCCUUUGCCAAGUUUCUCACGAGUCCCACACCCAUCUACCAAGCUAAGACUAUACUACUCCUAGAAACGUGUACAGCGAGUGUUUACAGUGAGUGGGUGUACAGGAAGGGAACAGCAUUUGCAAGUGAUUUGAUUAGAAAAAAGAAAAUACAAAAAACAAAGGAAGAUUGAGACCUUGAGGUUUUUAUGAUGUCGAAUACAUUUUUCUGAGAAUGUAUGACAUUGCUCUAGAAAUUUACACAAGCUUAAUGACGACUUUUGAAAGGUUUCUGUUGUGAAAUGAGAUGAAAUCUGGGACAUCUAGGCAUGUUAAUCAGUAGUAUAGAUUAUAUAAAGAAAAUUAAUUUACUGAGUGAGGAACUAACACACUGCACUGACUAGAUCGAAAUCAGUAGUUGUCUAGAUUACCUGAAUGAU